AUGGUGUCUAAGACAACAACCACGAAGAUACGCAAUGCUGGUCACCUCAAUUACAGACAGAUCGGAACUAUCUGGCCAAGACAUAGUUAUAGCUACAACAAAGAGCUCUUUGGUGUCAUGUUCAGCCACUACAGCUUGUACAACUCGCCCCACCUCGCUCUGAUGGCUUUGACUCAGGAUAUGAUUCAGGACCUGGACUCAUCAAUGACCAAGGAUCGAGAACGAGUGUUUACAACUAGACGCUGCCGCGAAUCCAUUUCCCGCGCCUGGGAAUCAGACAGGCGACAUGUUGAAGCCAUCGAGGACUAUCGGAGAGGUAUAGACUAUGGAGGUCAAGGACUGCAUGGCCAGCUUAUUUGUGACGGCGAUGGAGAUGAGGCACCACCAGGUGACACCACCGGGUGA